AUGGGCCGACGGUCGAAACAAAAAUCGUGUUUCCCUUGCGUCGAGGCUAAGAGGCAAUGCGAUCGUUCGCUCCCCUCUUGUUCUCGCUGCCUGGAUAGGGAGAUUGAAUGCAAAUACGCCCCUGUUCGACGUCCCCUGCGUCUUCCGGCACCCGUUGAAGUUUCGAGACCAACUUUAGAGCUCAAUAACAGCUGGGAUUUAAACCAGUCAUGGCCAGGCACGCAGUACAGUGUAGGCGACGCUCUGUUUAGACAACAACUAGAUACACUGGACGAAAACUUGUGUAUUCCAACCACACUGGAGAGUAUCGACGCAGCGAUAUCUACAAUCGACUCGAACAAUGCCUCUUCGUCCGCUUGCUCCACAACGCAAUCAGGCACUUGCGAAAACGACAUAAGGACAAGGCAACUGACCCCCACAACGGAACGAUUAAGCUGGUUCCUUAUGUCUUCAUCGUGGGACGUUGCCCACCAACAGCAGCCUCCGUCAUUCAUACCUCCUGCUGCCGUCUUCACUAACUUCGUCCGUGGGCUCCAGUCUUGGCUUGUCCGCUUUCUCCGCAAGGGUCACAAUCCCUUUAUCCACCGGCACUUGUACUUGGAGACAACGAUGCCGCGCUGCAUCCAAGACGCUUAUGCUGCCAUUGCGGUCGCGCAGAAUGUCAGUUCAGACAAUGAGCACGCUGUCGAUGCUAUCUCUUCAACAUACAUUCUGGACCUGCUUGCCAGUCACUCCGGAACGGAUACAUCGUUCUCCUUACUCACGACGAGAGAGCACCUAGCUCGCACCCAAGCCCUCUUGAUCCAUCUUCUAGUGUCACUCUUCUCAUCCUCUAUCCCCCGCCGGGCGAAGGCGGAGAGUCUAAUAGACGUACUCCGCCUCUGGGCCCGCCAACUUUGGGAGUCUGCUACUUUGGACGCAACCACCUCCGCCAUUUACCCGAACACCCUCUCUAUGAUGGAAGACUGUGGACGAGAUGCAAACGAGGCUAUUCCCAGCCUAUAUCGGGCCUUUAUUCUCUCUGAAUCAGUACGACGAACGUUUCUGCUGACCAGUAUUGCGACCGGUGUGUAUAGUAGUCUCCAGCAGACUUGGUCUCAUGCUUGCCAUGGCGAUGUUUUCGUUACGCUUCGUGCGGAGUUAUGGGACGCACCAUCAUCAGCUCGAUGGGAGGCUGUGGCGCGCAGGCACGAUCCGUUGUUUAUCCAAAGCCUCCAAGGCCAUUCCUUAGUAGAGCGUGGCGUACCUGCUGCUGAUGUUGAUGAGUUUGCUCGUUUGCUUUUUACCGUCAUGUGGGGAUUGGAAAAGGUCGAGCGUUGGGUUGUUACUACUGGAGAUUCUGUAUCGGUGAUGUAUUGA